UGGAUGACAUUUUUGUUAAAGCGACGUACGAGUAAUUUUCUGGCUAAAGUCACCAUGCAAUUCUCACGGCCGCCGCAUGUCAGUGAGAGACAUGGUGAGUUUGACCAAAGAUAAUCUUGAUCCGGUUGAAACGGCACUCGUCCAGUGAUGUGACACCUUCCUCUCCCACCGCCCACCGUCGCAUCCUCUUCCCCAUCCGAAGCCACCCGGUCCACCCGUCGAGACCCCAAAAUCCAUGGGCGGCGGCGGCGAUCUCAGCCCCUCCAGCUGCCCUUCCUCCCCGUCGUCGUCAUCGGAGUACCUUCCCCAUGAGUUUACCGACUACGUGGCCACCUCUCUGGCAAUCGAAGGCGACUCCGACGAGUCCUUCGUCUGCGAUGACCCCGUGGUGGAGGCCUUUGUCCAUGGCAGCCGACUCCAGGACCGGUCUCUGCGGGAGGCGAAGCAACUCAUCAGAAGUUAUAAACCUGGGGACUUGGUCGAAGGAGUGUGUGGCACAAAAGCUGGAGACUAUGUGUUGCCUGACAUAACGACGUUGCUAUUGGUGGGCCCUAGAGAUGCUGGCAAGAGCACACUUGUGAACCGAAUUACACGGGUCUUUGACAAGGAUGAUGAUCCCAAUGCGCCAGAUCGAGCACAGGCCUCCUGUAAUUCCAAAUCAACUGGUACAAGCUUCCUUCGGGAGUACAGAGUUCCUAGGAAUUCAAAUUCUAUAUGUAUUUAUGAUACAAGGAGCCUCUCUAACAACCAUGAAAUUAAUUUUAAGACACUGCGACGAUGGAUGACAAAGGGACUUAGCCAUGGAGAUAUGGUCAUGUGGGAUAAUGACAAUUACUCUGAGGUUCAGAACAUCAAGUCAAUGGGAAGACAGUACAGUUUUCUGCGUUGCAAGACCAGAAAGGUCAACUUUGUGAUAUUUGUUAUUAAUGGUGCAACUGUCCUUGAGUCAAUUGAGAACAGCAACAAAAACUACAUUGAUAUGCUUCACGAAACAUUUAUGUAUCCAUUCUUGUCAUUUGGAGAUGAUAAGCCUGCUGUUGUGGUCACUCAUGGAGAUAGGCUUUCACUGCAACAGCGCCUGCAUGUUCGAAAUGAGUUAGUUGAGUUGCUUGGCAUUCCUCUUCAGCAAAUUUUUGAUAUAUCAGGAUGUGAUGACUACAAAACUGACUUGUCUGUAUUGGAUAUGUUGCGUUACUGUAUCCAACAUGCUGAGCAAAACUUCCCUAUUAAAACGGAUUAUCUUUUAGAGAUGCAUGGGCGUGAAACUCUUUGGAAGAUGGCGGUGCGGUUGAUGAGCUUCGAUGGAGUGAUUGAAGCGUCCAUUAUUUUCCUAUGCACCGUAAUCCUUCUGCUUCGUGUAUCAGAUAAAUUACUGCAAUGGUAGUCAUUAGCCAACUUCUGCGUAUAGUGUGUGUGUAAUAUACGUAUGUGUAUAUACCUCCGUUCAUGUGUGCUCGAGAUAUAUGCAGUAGUUUGAAGCUAAGGGGGUGAUUGUUUAACUUUUUAUGGUAAACGGCAAACGGUAUAUUUGUAAAAAAA